AUGGUGACAGAAUCAUAUAUAUCCAACUCGCUAACGAGCCGACGUCAGUCCUUCAAAGAGAUUUUGCAGCAUACAACCGAUCACGUCCAACUAUCACCAGUCAAACAGCCCAGAACACCACGAAGAGCUUCUGUUGGCUACAGUCACAACAGAAACACAGGAAGCAGAACAGCCUCAAAGCGAAGAUCUACAAGAAAAAAUCCAUUGACACUUUAUACAAGAAAUUCUAUUUUACAGAGCACUCAGAUACCCAAAACACCCAAAACACCCAGAACACCCAGAACACCCAGAACACCUCGGUCAUCGAAAUUGCUAAGAAUAAAUAACAUAAACAAUGAAGUAAACAAAAACAACAGUGCCAAUACCAGAAGACAGCGAAACAGAGACAGAAUAUCACCAAUUAAUGAUUUAAGAAUACUAUCAAGAAUCAUAAUAAUUGAAAAAAAGGAACAUCAGAAAGGCAAAGAAAUUAUAGAAAAGAAUAAAGAGUCUGAAAACUAUAACGUGAAUAAUUCAAUAUCCAAAAGAUCUACAGAAAAUAUAAACAAAAGAACUCUCAAGGGCAACAUUUCAAACAAUAAGAAAAAAAAUACUAUUGAAAAUAAUAACAAAGAUAGUGUUGAAAUCAACCAGAAAUUUUCCUUAUCAAAUGAAAAUACUGGAGAAAUUUCAAGAGAUAACGAGAAUGAAAAUGAAAAUGAAAAUGGAAAUGGAAAUGGAAAUGGAAAUAAAAAUUCAAAUAGAAAAAGCAAUUUAAAUAAAGAAUUUUUUAUAAGAGAUUUGCCAUCAUCACCAAUAGAUUUAUCGCAAAUAGAAAAUUUCACUUCUCCUGUAUUAUUACAGUCAUCUCCAUUAUUAGAUAAGUCAUUAAAUCACUCAAAACAAUCAUUAGGAGGUGACGAAGAUAGUGAGGAUACAGAAGAUAGUGAGGAUAUUGGAAUUGUUAGUAAGAGAAUUAAAAAACAGAAAUUUGUAAUUGUAGAUCACUCUUUAUCAAAAUUGGAUAAUGAUUCGUCAUUUUUGAACCAAACAAUUGAAAUAAGAAGAAAGUUGUCAGUUUCAAGAAGAUUAUCCAAUUUGAUUAAUAAUGAAAAUGAUGAUAAUGAAAAUGAUGAUAAUGAUAAAGAUAAAGAUAAUAUAAGUAUGAAUAAUUAUAGUGAUGAUAGUGAUUAUGGAGAUGAUUUCAAUGGAUUAAAUAAUGAAAAUGUAAUUGAAUUUUCUACAAAAAAUGAUAUAGAUGAUCAAAAUGAAUUUAUAGAAGACAUUCCAAUGGAAAUUGAUAUGCAAAUGGAUAUGGAUAUGAGUAAGAACUUGAAAAAUGAUGAUGAUGAUAAUAAUAAUGAUAAUAAUAAUAAUAAUGAUAAAGAUAAAGAUAACAAUGUUAAUGGAAUGGAAAUGGAAUCAGAAGUGAAUCAAGAUCAUCUAUUUUCAGAUAUUGCAAUGCCAGAAGGAAUAUUAUCCGAUGAAGAAAAUAACUUUAAUAGUAAUAUUGAUUUUGAAAACAAUAGUUAUGGUGAUGGUAAUGGUAAUGGUAAUGGUAAUGGUGAUGGUGAUGGUGAUGGUGAUGGUGAUGGUGAUGGUGAUGUUAAUAAUUAUAAUUAUGAAGAAUACCCACUAAAUGAGAAUUUGAAAUUAAUGGAUAAUUUUGAUGAAAUCCAUGAUAAUGAGGAUGAUAGUAAGGAUGAUAAUGGAGGUAAAUAUAGAUAUAGACAGAUGAGCAUUUCAAGAAACAAAUUGAAUGACAAGGAGAAAUUAUUAAGAGAUUCAUUACUUCCAAAGAGGUUUAUCAAAGAUAUAUCUGAGUUCUUUUUAAAUGAUAAUCAGAGUGGUAAUGGCAAUAAAAUAACUAGAAAACGGAUUAAUAAAGAGAUAAUGGAUAGAUUGAGUGAUAUAUCUGAGGAGUUUAUUUCAAACCAAGUUAAGGAUUUAAGAGAAUAUAGCAGACAUUGCAAAAAUAAGAAAACUAUUGACUUUAAAGAUGCAGUUUUGUUAUUAAAGAGAAACCGGUUAUUGACAUUGAAUAAUAGCUGUAAUACUGGUGUUCUUGGUGCUUAUAAUACUGGUGUUUUUGGUGCUGAUGAUGGUAACGAAAACGAGAAAGAAAGUUUUAGUUUUAGAAACGAAUAUAAUUUUAAUAACAAUUUGUAUUCAAUGGGAAAAAAGUUUUUGGAUCAUGAAGAAUUUAUUGAGUUUGAGAGGGAUUUGAUGGAAAGCAGCAAGUUUCAGAAGCAGCGGGGGACGAGAUAG